GCCUUUUUUUUUUUUGGAGGGGGGAUUUUACAAGGAUGCUUAUUGGUUACAAAGAAAUAGGAAGGAAUGGUAAGGAUAGUGGAAUCAAGAAAUAUUAAGGGAUCAACAUGGAAGGAAUGAUGAUCGAUGUCCGAUUCCUGUUCUAUCAACGAUACUUACAAAGCACAUGGUAUAACACAACAACAAGAACAAUAUAAGAAGCGGAAAAAGCAAAACAAUCGGUCCAAUUCCAUGUUUGAAUGGUCUUUAUCAAAUCAUGACAACAUGGUAUCAUCUUUGUCAAACAACUUAUCGACUUUGGCUUUAAUAUCAUCUUAUGCGGGACAAGAUGAACAAUAUCGUAUAUUAUAUUCGAAUGAAUUACAACUACCAGAACAACAUCAGAAAAACAACAAGGCAAUAGACAACCACUUUUCUUUGGACAUGAACGAUGAUGAUGAAAAACGAGGAUUAUCCCCGAUCAAGACUACAGCCUUGUCCAGAUUUGCCUCCAACAAAAGACAACGUAACAUCUACCUCCAUAAGAAUCACAAUCUAUCUUCAGAACAACUAUCAAGUCAUUCAUCCUCAACAAACGAUGUAUCAACUAUGCAAAUGACACAAUAUUUUUUGUUCCAAUUCGUUAAAGCUUUUGUUUCCUGUGGAGCGCCAUCUCAUCGACUGGAUCAUUGCACUCAUCUUCUUUUACACAAAUGGAAUAUGUCAGCACAAAUUGGUUACUUCCCUGGUUUUUUGAUGAUUUCCUUUGAAAAACCAUCUGUAUUUUAUAGUCAAGGUACUUCUUCGAUUCCUAUACAAUUUAUCAAGGUAAAUACAGAACUGGAUAUUCAUCGAUUGAUUAGAAUAUAUCAAGUAUUUGAGGACAUUAUGAUGGACGAACGGACGAUUCAAGAAGCAACAAAUCAAUUGGAUUAUGUGAUGAAAUCACCUCCUCUUUAUUCAAAAUGGCUCAUGGUGAUUGCAUUUGGGGUUGCGUCCAGUACUAGCAUGCCUCUCUUCUUUUAUGGUGGAUGGUUGGAUAUGAUCUUUGGAUUUGGCUUGGGGGUACUCGUGGCGAUUGGCUCAGUGUUUGUGUCUCAACGGAUUACGCGAUUUGCUGGUAUUUUCGAUGUAUUACAAUGUGCGAUGAUUGGUUUCUUUGCCGCGGCAGCAUCCUCACGUACAUCUUCUUCCCAUUCUUGUUUUUAUGCCUUAUCAGUAGGUGGUGUGGUCAGUUUGUUACCAGGGUUUACUACUUUGGUGUCCAUGCUUGAAAUUGCUUCUGGUACAGUCACCGGUACAUUACGACUCACGACAACGUUGGUGUACUCACUCUUACUUGGUUUUGGAUUGGCGAUUGGUGCAAGUGGUCAUCAGCUUUUAUUCCCUCAGCUCACGAUGAUUUCCUAUCCAUCGUGUGAAAAUACGUUAUCUCCUUGGACACAUGUAUUGUUGGUACCUUUCUUUACCAUUGCCACCGCCAUCACAUUACGUGCACAUUGGUCAAAAUUCGGUAUUAUGCUUGUGUUGGCACUUGUUUCUCAUGGUGUACACUAUCUUGCCUUGCUUCAUUUUGUCAGUUAUCCACAUUUAGCGACGACAUUGGCAGCGUUUGUGGUUGCUAUGGGAGCCAAUAUAUAUGCUCGGAUGCAUCCUACAGUGGGCUUUGUGGAUAUGAUCACCGGAUUAUUUUUUUUGGUACCUGGUUCUGUUGGUGUGUCGUCUACGUUGGAUACUUUUGGUCAGGCUGUGACGAAUGCGGCUUCUUCACCCUCCAACAACAAUGCUAUCUCUGAAAUGUCUAUCAUCCUCAACGCUGGUCAUCAAGGAAUUUUAUUUGCCGUUCAUAUUAUGGUCAUUACUGUCUCUGUCUCUGCUGGACUUGUUCUUGCUGCUUUAGUCAUCUACCCUCUUCGGAAAUUAUUAGAUCGACAACCAUCCUCUACUUCAUCAUCAUCAUCAUCUUCUUCUUCUUCAGUAUUAGCAAGAAAAACGUCGCGAUAUCGGAAAAGGGAUUGGAUAGGUGAAGUGACAUUUUAGUAUUAAUUUAAUUUUUUUAGUUUGUUUG